AUGGUCUACCUAGGCCACGACGCACCCCGUCUUCGCACUGCAUGUGAUGUUAUGGACCUCUUCUUUUUCUUUGACGAUUCCUCGGACGUAGCAACAUCGGAGGAGGUGGAGGCUAUGACCGAGAUCAUGAUGGAUGCGUUGCACAACCCUCACAAGCCGCGUGCGGAAGGCGAAUGGGUCGGGGGAGAACUCACUCGACAGUUCUGGGAACUAGCCAUAGAAACUGCAUCUCCGGGUUCUCAGAAGCGCUUUCUGGAGUACUACGACCAGUAUGCUCGGUCCGUCGUGCGGGAAGCCCAAAUACGCAAUGACGACAUCCCCAUCGCAUCUGUCGAAGAGUACUUCCUGUUGCGGCGUCUUACAAUUGGCGCGAAACCAGCUUUUGCCAUCAUCGAGCUCGACCUGGACUUACCCCAGGAAGUUGUUGAUCAUCCUGUAAUCCGGGAAAUGGAGGUACUUAGCGUCGACAUGAUAAUCUUGUCCAACGAUAUCGUGAGCUACAACAAAGAGCAAGCAUGCGGAGACGCCAUCAGCAACAUCAUAACGAUCAUCACGGUCACUCAUCACACAGGCGUGCAGGAUGCCAUGGACUGGGUCGAGCGCCACUAUCACGAUUGUGCUGCACGCUUCCUCGAGCUAUACUACCACCACGUGCCAAAGUUCCAUUCAUAUCGUGUUGACGCGGAUGUUGCGCGAUAUGUUGACGGUCUCGGGAACUGGGUACGGGCAAACGAUAGGUGGAACUACGAGAGUGAACGCUACCUUGGGAAGCGUGGGCUUGAGAUCAUCAAAGAUCGCUGGGUGACGUUAUUACCCAAGGAGCAGCGCGACAACAAAGACAUAGGUCGGCUCAUCAACGACGCCUUACUAUAG